AUGAAAGCCAGGAUCUUCCCUCCUAUUGAUGAAGAAAUUGAAGCAGAUUUCAGCAAUACAUGGGAAAUUGAGAAUUGGAAGGGGCUUCCUACUCGUAUCAAUGGUCCUAGCUUUGAAUCCAAUGGAUUUUCAUUUAGAAUCUUGCUGUUCCCAGAAGGCAACAGAGCUGAUGCUGCUUCGGUAUAUUUAGAGGCAGCACCAGCUGACCAUUCGAAGGCAAAGCAACAAGCGGAAUCUCAGGUUCAACAGCCAAUUGACGGUGACGACCAGAGCCCUACUCAGGCUGAAGUACAGGCCAAUGCUGUUGGUAAUGGCGCAGUUGUUGACGUCACUGGUAUUAAUUCUGUAGACCAAGACGUUGAUGUGGAUGUAGUAUCUACACAAGAUGAUGGAACAACUGAUACACAGGACCAGGAAGAAGAGGACUGGGCUGUGUGUGCUCAAUUCGGACUCGUUAUGUGGAAUCCAGAGCACCCAGAGGUAUUCCAUAGCAUGUUUGCCCAGCACCGAUUUAGUCCCGAGGAGGGCGAUUGGGGAUUCACAAAGUUUUAUGAGCUACGAAGAUUACUUGUCGCUCAAGACAAAAACACCCAUCCUCUCAUAGAAAACAACAAGGUAAACAUUACUGCUUAUGUUCGUAUUAUUAAAGAUCCAACUGGCGUUCUCUGGCACAAUUUCUACAGAUAUAAUUCUAAAAAGGAGACUGGAUUUGUAGGAUUAAAGAACCAAGGAGCUACUUGUUAUCUUAACUCUCUGCUACAGUCAUUGUACUUCACCAAAGUAUUCCGGAGAAGUGUGUACAAGAUUCCUACUCAACAGGACCAGCCUAAUUCUGUGCCGUCCGCAUUACAAAGAAUGUUUUAUUUAUUAAGUACUUCCGAAGCACCAGUAGGAACUUUGCAAUUGACGAAAUCGUUUGGCUGGGAUUCUGCUGAUGCCUUUACCCAGCAUGAUGUACAGGAGUUGAAUCGUGUAUUGAUGGACAAGCUCGAGGGUAAAAUGAAGGGUACCGAGGUUGAGGGCGCUCUAAAUAACAUUUUUGUUGCUCAGAUGAAGAGUUAUGUCAAGUGCAUCAAUGUAGAUUUUGAAUCGUCUCGUAUCGAAGAUUAUUGGGAUAUUCAACUCAACGUCAAGGGCAUGAAGGAUCUUGAAGCUUCUUUUAGGGACUAUAUCCAAACAGAGCUUCUUGCUGGUGAAAAUCAAUACCAAGCCACUGGUUAUGGAUUGCAGGAUGCUACUAAAGGUGUUGUGUUUCAAUCUUUCCCUCCUGUGUUGCACUUGCAAUUGAAGAGAUACGAGUACGAUUUCAACCGCGAUAUGGAAGUCAAGAUUAAUGAUCGUUAUGAAUUCCCUGCCGAGGUCGACUUGUCUCCAUAUUUGGAAGAAGGAUCUGAUAUGAGUGAACCAUGGAUCUAUACCUUGCAUGGUGUGCUUGUACACAGCGGUGAUUUGAACGCUGGCCAUUACUAUGCUCUGUUGAAGCCAUCUAAAGAUGGCUCUUGGUACAAAUUUGAUGAUGAUAGGGUGACAAAGGCGACUAUGAAAGAGGUUUUGGAGGAGAAUUUUGGGGGUGAGGCAGCACCACCACAACAACCACCUGGUAUUUCAGUACCUCAGCGUACUAGACUAAAUUAUAAGCGUCAUUCAAGUGCUUAUAUGCUUGUUUACCUGCGAAAAUCAAGAUUGGAUGAAAUAUUACCUGGUAAUGAAGAUGAUAUUCCGAAUCAUAUCCCCGAACGACUAGAACAGGAAGUUGCUGAGGAGAACGCUCGUCGUAAAGAGCGUGAAGAACAGCACUUUUACAUGAACGUUCGAGUUAUGUCAAACAAACAGUUUGUCAAUUACCAAGGUUUUGAUAUUGCUAGUUGGGAUAGAUACGAUUCUAAUAAUUCUGACGAUGAUAAUGGAUCACGGCCAUUACACUACAAGGUGAAAAAGGCCCAGACAAUAGCAGACUUCUUAAACACAUUGGCUCAAGAAAAUGGUGUUAGUGAUAUCUCCAAAUUACAACUAUGGCUCCUAGUCAGCAGACAGAACAAAACAUAUCGUUUGGACCGAGCUGUUCUUGCUGAGGAAUAUUCCAAUACUAUGGACCAGCUGCGGGAUCAAUCUUUGACGAGUUUCAAUAGUGGAGACCUGAGGCUUUGGCUAGAAUUCUUACCUACUCCAUCACCCACCUUGGAAAUGAGUCUAAGUGAGCAACAAAUUCAACAGCAACUUCAAUUUGCUACAGGAAUCUCGUCACCUCAAGGUUCCGACAACCAACCAAUGUUACUAUUUUUGAAGCAUUUCGAUAAGAAGGCCCAAACUUUGAAGGGAUUUGGUACACUUGUGGUUCGCCCUUCAGAUAAAGUAUUGACGGCUAUCAAAUAUAUUAUUAACGCAAUGGGCUGGGAACAAGGCACCAGAUUGAGCGUCGUGGAAGAGAUCAAACCAGAGAUGAUUGAUGCAGUCAGAGUGAAGGCCACAUUCAAUGAAUGUGAAAUUUCUGAUGGUGAUAUUAUUUGUUUUGAGAGAGAUGGUGAACCGGUUGCAGAAGGUGGAUACACUACAGCGGUUCAAUUUUAUGACUUUUUGAAUAACAGAGCUCUCUUUUCGUUCAGAAAGCGCUCAUCGCAACUGGAUGAGCUCAAUAAUGGCACCGGUAAUGGCAACAUUGUCAUCAAUGGGGACGAUGAAGCAAACACUCCUCCAACCCCAGAGGGCUCUUUUGAGUUGUGGCUUAAUCGUAAGGACUCAUAUGACCAACUGGCUCAAAAGGUGGCAGCCUAUCUCAAUGUUGAUCCUAAUUACUUGCAAUUUUUCAGUACCCAAACAAACGGAAUGGAGAGAGCACCAGUUAAACGAGGCAGUGGUGCCUUGGAACAGUCGUUGAUGCUCGGAUAUCCUAGCCAUCUUCCAGUGUCAGUAUUGUAUGAAGUGUUGGAUAUUAGUCUUGCAGAGCUUGAAAAGAAAAAGCUUAUCAACAUUAUAUGGUUAACUGAUGGUCUUUCCCAAGAACAUAGACAUUCGUUCCUGGUUCCCAAGACUAACACCUACACAAUUCGCAACCUUUUAUCAGAAUUACAGCAACGAGUCAACAUUCCUAAGGAAUUACUACCUCGAAUCAAAGUAUGGGGUGCUCUACACUCGACUAUGCACGACAGGUAUUCUGACGACUCGCUUGUGGCGGCUAUUGAAGAUAAUGUACAAAUCUACGCAGCAGUGGCUCCUAUCGAAGAAUAUGAACUCAAUCAAACGGAUUCGACCAAUAAAAGACUGAUUGACGUUUUCCAUUUCCAAAAGGACCUGGUCAGAUCUCACAGUGUACCAUUUACUUUCGUGCUCAAGGAAGGUGAACCAUUUUCAGAAACCAAGGUUCGUUUACAAAAGACCUUGGGUGUCUAUGACAAGGUAUUUGAGAAAAUCAAGUUUGCAAUUGUCCAUCCAAACGUACGACUACCUGAAUACCUUCCCAGCACAGCUGAAAAUGCCGAACAACAAGCACUUGUAGACGAGGCCAACCAAGCGACACUCUUCUCUCUUAUGCAGGAAGGUGAUGCACUUGGACUCGACCAUGCUGACAAGUCGUCUCGUAGGGCGUACGGCCAACAGGCGAUUUUUAUUAAGAAUUAA